AUGGGCCAGGACGGUUUCAUAUCGGCCCAGAAGCGCACCUCCAGCGGCCUCCCCACCACCGCCGCCGCCGCCGCCGGCCGAGCAUCCCGCCCGGCCCUCCCGCGCGGCCGCCAGAUCCAGAAGACCUUCAACAACAUCAAAAUCACCAUCCUCUGCGGCUUCGUCACCAUCCUCGUCCUACGUGGCACCAUCGGCGUCGGCAACCUCGGAACCUCCGACGCCGACGCCGUCAACCAGAACUUAAUCGAAGAGACCAACCGGAUCCUCGCCGAGAUCCGCUCCGACGCCGACCCCAACGACCCGGACGAGUUCCUCAACGGCACUCAGAUCACCUCUAACCCCAACGUGACCUACACGCUCGGCCCCAAGAUCGGAAACUGGGACUCCGAGCGAGCCCAAUGGCUUCAGUCCAACCCGGAGUUUCCGAACUUGGUGAACGGUAAGCCUCGGGUUCUGUUGGUUACCGGGUCGCCGCCUAAGCCCUGUGAUAACCCGAUUGGGGAUCAUUAUCUGUUGAAGGCUAUAAAGAACAAGAUUGAUUAUUGUAGGCUUCAUGGGAUUGAGAUUGUUUAUAAUUUAGCUCAUUUAGAUAUGGAGCUGGCCGGGUAUUGGGCCAAGUUGCCUCUAAUUAGGAAGCUGAUGCUUUCGCACCCCGAGGUGGAGUGGAUUUGGUGGAUGGAUAGUGAUGCAAUGUUUACUGAUAUGGUGUUUGAGAUCCCGUUGGCCAAGUAUGACGAGCAUAAUCUUGUGAUUCAUGGGUAUCCGGAUUUGUUGUUUGAUCAGAAGUCUUGGAUUGCUUUGAAUACGGGGAGUUUCUUGUUUAGGAAUUGCCAGUGGUCUUUGGAUUUGCUGGAUGCUUGGGCUCCGAUGGGGCCUAAGGGGCCGAUUAGGGAGGAGGCCGGGAAGGUUUUGACGGCCAAUUUGAAGGGGAGGCCGGCGUUUGAGGCGGAUGAUCAGUCUGCAUUGAUAUAUUUGUUGCUGUCGCAGAAGGAUCUGUGGAUGGAGAAGGUUUUCGUGGAGAAUUCGUACUACUUGCAUGGAUAUUGGGCUGGAUUGGUGGAUCGGUAUGAGGAGAUGAUAGAGAAGUAUCAUCCGGGAUUGGGGGAUGAGAGGUGGCCGUUUGUGACACAUUUUGUGGGUUGCAAGCCUUGUGGGAGUUAUGGGGAUUAUCCGGUGGAGAGGUGCUUGAGCAGCAUGGAGAGGGCUUUUAAUUUUGCUGAUAACCAGGUGCUUAAGCUUUACGGGUUUAGGCACAGGGGCUUGUUGAGCCCUAAGAUCAAGAGGAUCAGGAAUGAGUCGGCCACUCCUUUGGAGGCUGUCGACAAGUUUGAUAUUCGGCGGCAUCCAGUGCAGGGUGGAUCGCACAGCUAGUGAGUAAGACAUCUUCAGUGUGUGAUAAAUUGAUAGGUAAUGAUGUAACACAUCAGUUAAAACAGAUUUACAUUUGAUAACAGUUCAUCUUUACUUGUAUUUGUUUGUUCUGUUGUCCCUCCACCUUGUUUUGAACUUCCAAGAACAAUAGAGUAGAAUUCUUUCACAGUCUUGAAAUCAUCAUUGUAUCGUGUUCAAGUAAUCCUUAAAGGAAUUUUAUUUUUUGAUUUCAGCAUA